AUGGGUUUACUUGUAGCCGCCAUUAAUUUCGCUCCCACCUUGAUGCGUCAACAAUUGAAAUCGAAGCAUGGAUGUAAAAACGGAAAGCUUCAAGAGAGAUCUCAUCGCUAUGUCCAAUGCCAAUCAUCUUUGAUUGCUCGUCGUGGAUUCUUGAACUGUGUUGUUGGAGCUUCGUUUCUGGCGACAGUUGAGUUUCCGGGAUUACAAGCUGCUCAAGCAGAGGAAAAGGAAGAAGGCGAAGAAGGAGUUGUUGGUGCCUUGAAGUCUCUGUUUGAUCCAAACGAGAGAACAAAAGCAGGCAAAGAGCUACCAAAAGCUUACCUGAAAUCUGCGAGAGAGGUUGUGAAAACGAUGAGAGAGUCACUGAAAGAGAACCCUAAAGACAAUGCCAAGUUUAGGAGAAGCGCUGAUGCUGCAAAGGAAUCGAUCCGUGACUAUAUGAGCAACUGGAGAGGACAAAAGAGUGUAGCUGGAGAAGAGUCUUACGCGGAGCUGGAGAAAGUAAUCAGGGCUUUGGCGGCGUUUUACUCAAAGGCAGGUCCAUCUGCACCUCUUCCUGAUGAGGUUAAGGCUGAGAUUUUGGAUGAUCUUAUUAAGGCUGAAGAGUUUUUGUGA